GGCGGGGCGGCCCUGGGAGGAGGCCAAAGCUUUCUACGACAACCUCGCCCCCAAGAAGAAACCCAAAUCGCCAAAGCCCGAGAACGCCAUCACCAUCGCCGUAUCGUCGCGAGCGCUUUUCCGCAUGGAGGAGGAGCAGAAGAUUUACAAUGAGCAAGGGGUGGAGGCCUACGUGAAAUACCAGCUGGACCAUGAGAACGAGCCCUUCCUCCCCGGGGCUGCCUUCCCCUUCGUCAAGGCGCUGGAGGCGGUGAACACGCAGCUGCGUGAGCUCUACCCCAACAGCGAGGAGCUCUUCGACAUCGUCCUCAUGACCAACAACCAUGCCCAGGUUGGGGUUCGCUUGAUCAACAGCAUCAACCACUAUGAUCUGUUCAUCGAGAGGUUCUGCAUGACGGGCGGGAACAGCCCCAUCUGUUACCUCAAGGCGUAUCACACCAACCUCUACCUCUCCUCUGACGCUGAGAAAGUGAGUGAGGCCAUUGAAGAGGGGAUCGCUGCAGCCACCAUCUUCAGCCCCAGCAAAGACCUGGAGGUGUCAGAGAACCAGCUGCGGGUGGCAUUUGAUGGUGACGCUGUGCUCUUCUCGGAUGAGUCAGAGCAGAUCGUGAAGGCUCAUGGCUUGGACAUGUUCUUCGAGCACGAAAAGGCUCACGAGAACAAGCCUCUGGCACAGGGACCCCUGAAGGGCUUCCUGGAGGCCCUGGGGAAGCUGCAGAAGAAGUUCUAUUCCAAGGGACUGAGGAUGGAGUGUCCCAUUCGCACCUACCUGGUCACUGCCAGGAGCGCGGCCAGCUCGGGAGCCCGGGCCCUAAAGACUCUGCGCAGCUGGGGCCUGGAGACGGAUGAGGCUUUGUUCCUGGCCGGGGCUCCCAAGGGACCGCUGCUGAAGAAGAUCCGUCCUCACAUCUUCUUCGAUGACCAGAUGUUCCACGUGGAGGGAGCCAAGGAGAUGGGCACCGUCGCUGCCCACGUCCCUUAUGGCGUCGCCCAGAAGCACAAGCGGCCGGCGCAGGAGAAGCAAACCCCGAACAGCAAGUAGUGAAGCUGGGUUGUCCCACGGCCCCCGGCGUGCGGCACAAUUUCACCCCGUGCACCACGCUCUGACCUGGCUUGUGGUCUGCAAGGCAGAGAGCGUUUGCCCUGGCGAGCGCGAGGUUAUUCCCCAGCGACAGCCUUGGCGGGGGCACGGCUGGAGGAGGGGGCUGACGAAAGGCUUCCUUUCGCCUCUGUUUUCGUUGCAAUGUCGUGGCGUUGUCCCCGUUCCUCAUGGGGCCGGAGGCUCCCCUGGGCUGGGCAGCCCCACGAGCCAUUCCCUCUCUUCCCUGGGCUCUGCGCUUGCUUCAGGCAAAAUCCCUGGAGGAAGGAUCUCUCUUUUUGUGGACUGUUUGUGCCAGGCAGGUUUAACCUAUUGGCGUUUCUCUAAAACCCCAGGUAAUUCCCAAAGCCGUUGAUUUGCAAAGCAAAUGUUCAGGCUGAACUGUUGAACUGGAAAGUUGGGAGCACACAAAACCCCUUCUUGCAGCUUUGAAACAAAAUGUUGUCCCUUUUAACUAAAAUUAAGCCAUAAUAUUGUUCCUUCACAGAUCCAGCCCCUGCUCCCCGACCAGAAAACCUUUCACGUCUUUGUCCUUCCACCAAGAUUUUGUCAGCUGAACAGCUUUCCUUUCAUGCACUAAA